AUGGCCUCCGAUCUGCCCCCAGCUACAAACCCAAAGCUGUCCGCUGCCCCCGUCUCGCACUUCUUCCCUUGGGCCACAUCUCCGGAUAUUAUACGGAGCCACGAGAAGGAUGCCUACAUUUCUGGGACCCUUUCUGCCCAAGCCCACACGAUAAUUCGCGCUAUCCGCGGUGCGAGAUUUGCUCACUCCCAUACAGAUGCCAUCAAGAAUCUUACCGAUCUCCUCUACCUUUCCCUGACAACCUUUGUAGGAAACCGAACUCUGGGCGAAGAAUACUGUGAUGUUGUACAACUGGAAGAUGACUCAUUACAACUACCAUCAUUGGCCCGACGGGUUGGAUAUAUCCUCAGCAGCAUUCUAAUUCCCUGGGCACUGCAACACCUUCUCCCCAUACUCCGUCAGAAGCUACGGAGAAAACUCCAACACAACAUUAUACGGCUUCAGGCAAAAGCUGCACUGGCAUCCUCCAAACAAGGGGCACCCCUCACACCAAGUCUAGCUCUGCGCUUCCAAAACUAUUUCCUUGAUCACCUCGAUUCUCUCACCUCCCUCUCCCUGAUCUUUGCUCUAAACCUCACCGCCUUCUACUUCUCUGGAUCUUAUUACCACAUAUCCAAACGUAUUUGGGGCCUCCGAUAUGUCUUUACCAAGCGAAUUGAAGAUAAUGAAGCUAGAAUCGGCUAUGAGGUACUAGGCGUCUUGCUCGUUCUUCAAAUCACUGUGCAGGGAGUAGUUUAUGUCAAGGACACUAUUUCCUCUUUCACCACUGAAACAGCAACAGACCAGCAACAGUCUCAAACCUCCGAUGACAAACCCCCUCUCAAAUCCAUAUACACACCAUCAUCCAUCCAGUCUCAGCCUGCGGGGGAGGCCCGCUAUGAUGUAGCCAGCGCGACUAACGCAGCGCUCGCGUGGGUUCCACCCGGCCAGCAGCGAAAAUGCACGUUGUGUUUGGACCCCUAUAAAGAUCCAAGCAUAGUAACGUGCGGGCAUGUGUUCUGCUGGACGUGCAUACGGGACUGGGUGCGGGAGAAACCAGAGUGUCCACUUUGUCGGCAGGAAGCGCUGGGAUCGAAGAUCUUGCCCUUGAGGGGGUGA